AUGAAAAUCGACGAACAACCGUAUUCAAGAAAACGGAAAGAAAAUGAGAAAAUGGAUGAAAGAGAAUUGGGGGGAAAAAGAAGAAAGAUGAUCAUGUGUACUGUGCAAUUUGCUCGACAAGUGUAUCGAUUGAAGCAAGACUCGCUGCUUUCGAUCCGUGGCACAUAUCUUUUUGAGCAGUUGGCAUAUUCUCGUCACAAUGAAUCGGAUGGUAGAUGUGAACGAGGCCAGGUUCGGGAGAACGAAUCACUCGGAGCCGACCGUUUUUGA